CGCAUAACGUCCAAUCGCAAUCGGGAGCACCCUCGGCUGCCCCCACUCAGGGGCUAUAAGAAGGGUCCCAACCUGACAAGGAGCCACCAUCAUCCGGUCCAACUCCUCCUGUGCUACAGGUCUUCUCCAAUCUGCAACCAUGAAGGUCCUCAUCGCCGCCUUUGUUGUGAUCGCGCUGGCUCAAGGGAGCCUUGCCCAGGACGCUAUCGACCUGGAAACGCUCAGCCAGAAAUUCGAGGACAUCAAGAACCAAAUGACCGCUGAGCUGAGCAGGCUCAUCAACACCCAGGAUCUGAGCACCCAGGCUCAGGCCUUCCUGGAGGAGCAGAAGAAACAGUUUGAGCCCAUGCUGGCCAGCGUCCAGCAGCAGCUGAGAACCGCCGCCGCCAGCAUGCACGAGCAGAUCGAGCCCAUGACCACCAACUUGCAGUCCCAGUUGGAGCCCGUAAUGCAGAAGUUCCAGGAGCAGAUGGAGGCCAUCCUCAAGCAGGUGACCCAGCAGGCCAAGGCCCUGACCAACUAAAAGCCAGGUAGACCGAAGAAGAAGAAGAUAAAAAAAGCCAUCUUCUUCUAUCAUGGACUGACUUCCUUUUGGACUCCACAUGUGUUUCCGUACCUUUGUAACAUGGAUGAUUUCAUCACCAAAACCAAAGUGCAAUAAAAUCUUGAAACACA